GGUAGAGUUGGAGGGUUUGAUUACUAUAUAACAACAAUUCGCUUCAGUUUUUAAUUGUUGGUGUGCAAAGCCAUCUGGGUGCCUUAACAGGAACAACAUGAAUACAUAGUUCCAUAAUGUGCUAAAGAAAUACGUUGAACAAUUUAAAAAUCUUUAGGCUGAGAUUUUCAAAUCUGCCAAAUGUGAUUUGUUGUCUAAAUUGUCUAGACAGCUUGAAAAUCUCAUCAUUAAUUGUUAGGAUUUCCAGUACGGUUUUCUUAUAACUAUUUAGAAAGUUAGAAAUAUUGUGGAAUAGUUAUUAAAAAUUAGUCAACAUCAAUUUAUUUCCUUUGUUGUCAUCCUCAGGAAAGAUGUCCAGUGAUCGUGCUCUGAGGAAACAGCAGCAAUUGAAUAAUCUGGUGUCCAUGGUGACAAAAUUAUCUAAACCCGGAGAUGUGAUUGUGGAUUUUUGCAGUGGAGGGGGCCAUGUAGGAAUUGUUCUUGCUCACAUGUUGCCAUCAUGCCAGGUGGUGUUGAUAGAAAAUAAGGAGUUGUCAUUGGUACGUGCUAAAGACAGAAGUGAUGAAUUAGGAUUACACAAUAUUUGGUUCAUUCAAGCAAACCUGGACUAUUUUAAAGGAACUUUUAAUAUUGGG